AUGAACAACACAACCGAGAACCGGCCCUAUGUGAGAGUAUCCUUCACCAUUCGGAACAACCAAGAUGCGGCUUUCUUUGUUGUUGUUGACGGCGGCGAUUUCGACUGUUUUGCAAUGUCUGUUUCAGGAAAUUCCGAAGUCCAAUUGUACAGCGACGAAUUUGCCAUGCAUUUGCACAAACCAGCAGCUCAACGAGAUGAUCACGCAACCAAGAAUGUGACUUCCACUCUCUGCGGCGCCCCCAUCAGGGAUCGCACCGCCGUCGUCUCAGUUGCUGGAUUGGCCGGAGGCGCUCUUGCGAUUGUUUUCUUCCUUCUCAGAAUGGUGACUCGCCUGCCACGAUUUGGGGUGAGCUUCGGUCUGGAUGAUGCUGUUUUGACAUUCGUUAUUGGACUUGCAAUUGUAUUGACAUACUUCUCAUAUGUUUUGGCAUCGCAUGGCCUCGGGAAGGACAUGUGGACAGUCCCUUUCGAUAAUAUCACCCACAUUCUUUACAUUUACUAUAUUGAUGAGGAUAUUUACCUCAGUAUCCUGCCGCUCACUAAAAUAUCUAUUCUACUUUUCUAUCUCCGAGUCUUUCCGCAAAGAUCCUUCCGCAUCACAACCUACAUCGUCAUCGCAAUGAAUUUGUGUUACUUGAUCGCCUUUGUACUCGUCUCCGUUUUCCAGUGUCAUCCAAUUGAUGCAGCAUGGCUCAGGUGGGACGGCGAACAUCCGGCGAAAUGUCAAAAUAUCAACGCGCAAGGAUGGGCGUCAGCUGCGAUCAAUAUGUUUCUCGAUAUUGUGACUAUGGUUUUGCCUCUUCGCGAAUUGAGCAAGCUAUCGAUGUCCUUGAAAAAGAAAAUGCAACUGAUGAUUAUGUUUACUCUUGGACUCUUCGUGACACUCGUUAGUAUACUACGAUUACACAGUUUGGUCGAGUUUGCCAAUACGACCAACUUGACCUGGGACUACGUACAGUUAGGCUACUGGAGCACAAUCGAAGUAGACGUCGGGAUCAUCUGUGCUUGUCUACCAGCAGUCCGAAAGCUUCUCCGAGGUGUCUUUCCCAAUGUGUUCGCGAGCACAGUUCAUAGUGGAGCAAAGACACCGGCUUACUCUCAUACGCGGUCUGCUCAAUCUGGUGGCGGAAAGCGUUUUAUCAAGAACGGAGAGUACGAACUGCAUCACCGAGAUGCAGCUCUAGAAGAAGGCGAUGCCAUGCCGCUGGUUCAGCUUGUACCGUAUACGCUGAUAGAAAUUCAUUUACUGGUGCCUGUCAAAGCAGUACGCCAUGUCGAUCACUUUGUGAACAAGAAAGACGGCGUCUACUCGCAAGACUUCAAUUCUCGCUUGAGCAAAUUCUCCUCCUAG